AUGGCGAUCGCCAUCUCGCAGGCCGUGCUGCAGCACCGCGGCAGCGUCGCGUUCCCGGUGCCCGGGGCCCCCGACGUCCACAUGAGAUUCAAGCGUUUCAGGGUCACCGGCAACAUGAUCUCCGGCGCAGCGCAGCAGCACAAAAAGCGGCUGAUCCCGUUGCGGCGGACGGACGCGAUGGCACACGCCGAGCGGAAAAACGCCAAAAUUAUGGAGGACAUUUGGAAGAAUGGCGGCUCCGAUGUGUUUCAGUUGAUAGCGCCGGGCGGGCUCGGGCCCGACGGGGAGCCCCUGUUUUUGCGGCUCAACAUUGGCGGUGUCAAAUACAUGAUCCUCGUCGACGCGCUUUUAAGAGCGGAAAACACAACAUUUUUGACAAAGUUCGUCCAGCUCACCCAUCCCUCCAGGCUUAAGAUAGCCGACGCGUACAUGCCCGGCGACGACGCCUACUUUUUUCAGCGCAGCCCCGUGGCCUUUGAGGCCAUUUAUCAGUACUACGCCACCGGUGUCAUCCACCGUCCCUCGGAGGUGUGCCCGGCCUCCUUCCUGUCCGAGCUCGACUUUUGGCGGAUAUCCCAUCAACACGUCGGGUCGUGUUGUGCGGAUAUUGUCCCGAGGGAGAAGCCCGAGGAGAAGGAGGAAGAAAAGGUGGACGACCACACGUUCGACGACCUGAUGUGCGGAAAGUUGCGGAGAAGGAUGUGGACGUUUUUGGAAAGACCCGGGAGUUCGAUGCAGGCAAAAGCGUUUGAGCUGUCGUCGACGCUGUUUGUGAUGAUAUCCGUGAUGGGGUUGUCGUUCGGAACGAUUCCCGAGAUGCAGGUCACCCAAUAUAUGCCCCCUCACAACGAGACAGUCGUGCUCCCCAACGGCACCGUGACGAUCGUCGAAAAAGUGGAAGAAAUGAAGGUGGAGCACUCGGCUUUUGUGUUCACGGAACGGACAUGUAUCGCCUUUUUUACAGUGGAAUAUUGUCUCAGAUUUUUCGCGGCGCCUCGAAAACUGCGCUUCGCGCUGAAGCCGUUGAACGUCGUCGACUUGCUGUCAAUUGUGCCCUUCUACUUGGAGCUGUUGUUGACACUAUUCGGGGCCGAUGAGAAGAAGCUGCGCGAUUUGCGAUGGGCCUUCCUGGUCGUCAGGAUAUUGAGGGUACUGCGAGUGAUCCGUAUCAUCAAGCUGGGCCGAUUCUCGUCCGGGUUGCAGACGUUCGGGCUGACGUUGCAGCGCUCGCAAAAGCAGCUGCAAAUGAUGACGAUCGUCCUAUUGACGGGAGUGGUAUUCUUCUCGACGAUGAUCUACUUCCUCGAGAAGGACGAGGAGAAAACCCCGUUCACGUCAAUCCCGGCAGCCUACUGGUGGUGUAUCGUGACGAUGACUACGGUGGGCUAUGGAGAUGCAGUUCCAGCAACGACAAUGGGCAAAAUCAUCGCCUCGGCCGCAAUUAUGUGCGGUGUGUUGGUGUUGGCGCUACCGAUCACGAUCAUCGUCGAUAACUUUAUCAAAGUGGCACAGGACGAGCAAGCCGCAGAGCAGCAAAAAAUGGAGAAUGAGCACCAGGCCGAGGCGCUCAAGUCAAUGCUCAAGUGGAAGGAGGAGGCGGAUAGGGAGGAUUUGGAGAACUCGAAA